GGGCCCCAGUAUGGAGGAGGCUUCGGGGCAGGCUUCCCAGAAGAGGGGCCCUGGGCUAGGCUGACAACAGCCAUGUGACUGAGUGCCAGGCAUUGUAAUCAGGGCUCACAAAGAUGGUCUUAUUUUGGUCCUCACAAUAAACAGUGGGAGGAGGUAGGGACUUCUGCUACCAUUUGACAAGAAAAGGCAAAGCCCAGAGGGGUAUGGGAGAUCUAUCUCAGGUCCUCUGAGAAGAGGCAGGAUGUGGAUUCUAAACCACGGCUGACUCACAACAUGGGACCUUGAAGAAUGAGGACUGCUCUUGUUUUGAUAUUUGCCCUAUAAACCUGAACAUUUUCAGUGCACGAAAUGGGAAAAACCGGAAAGAACAUGGCGCUGCUGCUCCGGGGGCUCCUGCUGCUCGGCUUGUCCUGCCUGCAAGGCCCCUGCCUGGUGUUCUCCGCGGCGAGUGCCAUGGAGCCCUUGGACCAGCAGCUAAUGAGCGGGCCGGCCCAGGAGAAGCUGCCCCCGCUUAUCCUCCUCAAGUUGGGCAACCAGGAGCCCAGUGGCCAUAUUGCCCUGAAGAAGGCCCCAAGAGACUGCAAGGGAGCCCCAACCCCGGAGGAGACCCGCAAGUUGGCCCAGGCCAUGAUGGCCUUCACCACAGAUCUGUUCUCCCUGGUGGCCCAAAGGGCCACCAGCCCCAACCUCAUCCUGUCGCCUCUGAGUGUGGCCCUGGCAUUGUCUCACCUGGCACUAGGUGCUCAGAACCAAACGCUGCAGAAGUUACUACAGGUGCUGCACGCGGACUCAGGGCCCUGCCUCCCCCACCUGCUGAGCCACCUUUGCCAGGACCUGGGCCCUGGGGCAUUCCGACUGGCUGCUAGAAUGUACCUGCAGAAAGGAUUUCCCAUCAAAGAAGACUUCCUGGAACAAUCAGAACAGCUCUUUGGCGCAAAGCCCGUGAGCCUGACAGGAAGGAAGAGGGAUGAUCUGGUGAACAUCAACCAAUGGGUGAAGGAGGCCACAGAGGGGAAGAUUGAGGAUUUCCUUUCAGAGCUGCCAGAUGACACAGUGUUGCUUCUCCUCAAUGCCAUCCACUUCCAGGGUUUCUGGAGGAGCAAGUUCGACCCGAGCCUCACCCAGAGAGACAGUUUCCACCUGAAUGAGGAGUUCACGGUGCCAGUGGACAUGAUGCAAGCCCGCACGUAUCCCCUGCGCUGGUUCCUGCUGGAGCAGCCUGAGAUACAGGUGGCUCAUUUCCCCUUUAAGAACAACAUGAGCUUUGUGGUCAUUAUGCCGACCCACUUUGAGUGGAACGUGUCCCAGGUGCUGGCCAACCUGAGCUGGGACAUCCUGCACCAGCCCUUACUGCGAGAGAAACCCACCAAGGUCCAGCUGCCUAAGCUGCAUCUGAAAUACCAUCUGGACCUGGUGGCCACCCUCAGCCAGCUGGGCCUGCAGGAACUGUUCCAGGCCCCAGACCUACGCGGGAUCUCUGACCAGAGGCUGGUGGUGUCCAGCGUGCAGCAUCAGUCCACUCUGGAGCUCAGCGAGGCUGGCGUGGAGGCGGCCGCGGCAACGGGCACUGCCAUGUCCCGCAUGUCUCUCUCCUCCUUCAUCGUGAACCGCCCCUUUGUCUUCUUCAUCCUCGAGGACACAACAAGCAUGCCCCUCUUCGUGGGCAGUGUGAGGAACCCCAACCCCAGCGCGCAGUGGGAGCGCAAGGAACAGCAGGAUUCCCCGGAUGACAGGGACUCCUUCCUGAACCAGAAAGCCUUCCCCCGUGGAGACAAGCCCUUCGGCCCUGACUUGAAACUUGCGCCCCCCUCAGAGGAGGAUUACCCCCAGCCUAAUAGCCCCAAGUGAGAGGCCAGCUGCCAGCAUCCUGAGUCCCUGCCUGGACCAACUUCUCAACUCCUGAGACUCUUUCCAAACAGCUUCGUGGAUUAGGGCAGGGGUCUGGGUGGGUGGUCUGGGAGCGGAGAGGAGCUGUUUUCUCCGCGCUCCUCUCCUCUCCUCUCCUCUCUCGGGGAGUUUGGGAUGGGUGGGGCCAGGAUGUGGGCGGGCGUCAGGGAGUCACAGGCCUGGAUCCCACAUUAUUUCUUCCAAAGCGGCUAGGAGGCUGUCCUUGUUUGGGGCUUGGGCAGAGGGGCAGCUAGAGAGAUCCACUUUUGUCAGGAAGGGAGGGAGGUUAUUCCCUAAGGUGGCGGUGGCACUUCCACAUUUGUUUACCAGAGGGGGGUGGGGACAGGACGGAAUGGAUGCCUUGGCUGGGCAGAGGACUGACAGACCCUGGGGGUGGAACCUUGUCCCGCUGUGUGGGUGGGAGUUGGGCCUUCCAGUCCCUGCUUCGGCCUUAACCUCCCUAAGGCCCUCGGCCCUCCGCCCACCCUGAUGUUCUGUCACCUCGGCCCCCCCACCGCUCCUUGGACAUACCCACAUUGCCAGGACUCUCCUUCCCUCCGCUCCCUCCUCUACCCAGGUGUCUCAGGGGCUGCAGUGGGAGAGGAGGGGGAUAGUUCCCUAAGGCUCUUUUGUAAAGUUUUUGUAAUGAUUUUUAUGCCACGCGAAUAAAGAAUGAAUGGCCCUG